AUGAACGACUUUGCAUUGCCAACAGGACCUAUUGCUGUGGCCAAUACUGGUAUUCCUGGGCCGAUUAAACCAAAAUGGUUCUUCUCUGAAGACGAGUUAAGUCGCUCUCCAUCUUGUCUGUCUGGCAUCUCAACUACAGAAGAACAACGAUGUAUACAAACAGGUUGUAUGUUCAUCAGGAUCAUCGCUGACAGACUUAACGAAAUGCAGCCGGAAGGCAAAAUGUAAGACCUGAUUUUGACUUAUUUUUGAAUUUUUAGGAAGUACAAGUAUAUGGUUUGAAGUUUUACGAAGACAAGAUUUAUUAUUCUAACAUUUUGCGCAUUUCAGCUCACAACUUUGCAUUUGUGUCAGUAUGGUGCAUUUAAAACGCUUUUUCGUCGUUCAUUCACUAAAGUAUUUUGAUGCAAGAGUAGGUUAAACCAAAAUUAUUUUACGUUUAUUCCUAGGAUGUGGGUGCCGCUGUUCUGUUUCUAACUUCGAAAUCAGAAGAAUGCCCAAAAAGGCUAGAUUACAUUGUCAGAACAUGGUACAAACUACGUAUAGAGACGGAAGUUCAACAGAACGAAGUUGAACGUACAGCCAUAAUCAACAAGCAGACGUAUCACAAACUGGUUGAAUAUAUUGUGUGGAUCGAGAAUAUUGUUCUGCAGACUAUUGGCUUCAACUUCGCUAUUGAUAUUCCACAUCCAUUCGUGUUGAGGGCAAAAGAUGUGUUUAGGAAGAAUGACUCCAAGUUUGCAGAGUUUGUGUUUUGGCUGACUACUGAUAUGUAAGUGAUUUAUAGUGCUACGGGGCUGGGAAACUUUAAAAACUGUUACUUUUUACUAAAAAGCUAACGUUUUUCUACCAAUUGUUAUUAUUUUGGAAGCUACUGGCUCAAAUGUUUGGGCCAUGGUUCAAUAUAAAAGUUGAUAGCAUUAUACUCAAGAUAUGUCUUUUAGUAUUCAUGUAACAAACUGGUGUAUUCGCUACAAACCUUCAGUAAUAGCUGGGGCUGCAUUCUACAUGGCAAUAUUAUGGUCAGAGAAUAAUAACACAUUUCCUGGGCGCUCGAGCAAAGGCGACGAAUGGUACCAGUACUUUGAUCCUACUUUAACACAUCAGCAACUCGAUGGUAAGAUUUUUUAAUUAAAAUUUUUACUUUUUUGGUUGAAAUCUAGAGUUUUAUAGUAUUUUUUGAAGUAGCAAGGCUGACGGUAUACCUUUUUAUUCCUUAUAUCUUAUAAGCUUCAAAAUCUCUGUCUACAACGCUUUUACGAUAACUUUUCAGACAUGACUCACGAAUUCAUACAAUUAUGGCGUCACAUUGAACACCGUAGCCUAAACAAAAUCAGCAAAGUUGAUCACAAAGCUUUGGCUGAAAGGAUACGACGCAGUUCAUCUACUAAUUCUACUCCGAAUACUAAUACAACUACUACUUCAUCUUCUUCACCAGCUUCGCAUUCGUCAUCUCGGCCGAGAGUGUAA